AUGUGGAAGAUUAGGACAAGGUCACCUUCUAUGGAGAAGCAUCAUCACCAUGCUCAGCUCACAAAAGCAGCUUUUCCUUCUUCUGGUUCCGGGUUCUUCUCCGAAGAGAAGGAACUUUCUGUGUCUGCUAGAAAACUCGCUGCUACACUCUGGGAAAUCAAUGAUUUGCCUAAAUCAAUGAUCAAGAAGGAACCAAUGAGAAGCUGCAAGGAUAUGAUCGGAAACAGAGAGAAAGCCUUGAGAUCAAGCUUAUUGGGGCAACAUAUCUCAGAUCCAUUGAAUAGUCCUUUUUCUGAGAGAAUGAAAGGGUUUGAAGAUGAUAGCCGCAAAAGAAGCACUGCCAAUUUAGAGGAGGUAGGGAAUCAGCAAAGAAACAAGAAGAAUUGUGGAAAAUGCAGGGUUAGAGUCAAGAACCAUCUGAAGGAAGCUAGAAGUGGCUUAUCUACAUCGAAGAAGAUUCUAAAGGUCUUAAAAGAAAUGUGCCUUCAAGAGCAGCAUUCAUCAAGCAUACCCCUCAUCUUGGCUGUGAGUAGUGAGCUUGAUCGGGUUCGAAACCAAAUUGAUCAAUUGAUACAAGAUCAAAGCUCCAACAAGGAUGAUAUCAAGUGUCUCAUGAAGCAUUUUGCACAAGAAAAGAAUGCUUGGAAAAGAAGAGAACGAGAAAAGGUUCACCAUGCCAUAACGAGCACAGCACAAGAGCUUGAGGUGGAGAAGCAGCUAAGAAGGCAAACUGAAAGGUUGAAUAAAAAGAUUGCCAAAGAAAUGGCUAAUGCAAAAGCUUCUAAUUCAAAAAUGUCCAAAGAGCUUGAAAGGGAGAAGCGAGCAAAAGAGAUUCUGGAGCAAAUUUGUGAUGAACUAGCCAAAGGCAUUGGGGAAGGAAGAGCUCAGAUAGAAGAACUGCAAAGGGAAUCAGCUAAAGUCCGAGAAGAGGUGGAAAAGGAGAGGGAAAUGCAUCAGUUAGCAGAUGUUUUGCGUGAGGAAAGAGUCCAUAUGAAGCUUUCAGAGGCUAAAUACCAAUUUGAGGAGAAAAAUGCUGUGCUGGAGAAUAUGAGAAAUGAGCUUGAAAGUUUUUUCGGAACUAAGGAAGGAGAAAACUGUGAUGUUAAUCCAGAGUUUAAAAAACUCAAGGAUCUUGAGUCAUACUUAAACAAGACAUGUUGGGAAUUACAAAAUAUAGAGAAAGUGAAUGAUUUAGAUGUUGGGGAUGGAGUGGAGAAUGAAGAUGACUCAGCUGAUAGUGAUCUCCAAUCCAUUGAACUAAACAUGGUCAAUGACAAUAGAGCCUGUAAGUGGAGUCGUGCUUGGGAAAAUGUUGCUCAAGAUGACCGAAAAAGAGUUUCAAUUGACAAAGAUAUAGGGAGGAAAUCUUUCUCUGAGAGAAUUCAAUGGGGAAGUAUUUGCUUCAACAAGGGAUCUACCAGUGGUAAGAGGGACUUUGGUAUAUAUAUUCAGGAAAGUUCUGAUAAGUUUGAUGGGGAAGGAUCAAUUGAAUUUCAUUUUGGAGCUCAGAUACAAGAGGAUAACGAAGAAAGUGAAAGCUAUAGACCAAUCAUGAGUCUCCAAGACCAUAUAUCAUGA